GUUGGCUGGAGUCACGCCCGAGGCACUGCAGGAAAGGGGAGGAUGCUCGCCCCCAGCUCCGCUCCAGGAGCAACAGGAAGCCUCCAGAAGGUGAAGAAACUGAACAGCCAGGAUUUCAGAGAGCUGAGAGCCUUGUGCCUGAGCCAGGGGCUGCUCUUUGAGGACGCCACCUUCCCUGCUCACAGCAGCUCCAUCGGUGCCAGGCUGCUCCCGCAGGAGGAGCUCUGGCAAAUACAAUGGAGGAGGCCAACGGAACUACAGAGAAAUCCUCAUUUGAUCAUGGAUGGAGUUAGCAGAUUUGAUAUCAUGCAAGGAGAAAUAGGUGACUGCUGGAUGCUGGCUGCCCUGGGCUCCUUGACGCUGCGAAAACAGUUUUUGGAAAAUGUUUUGCCAAAGGACCAAGGAUUCCAGGAGGAUUAUGCUGGGAUAUUUCAUUUCAGGUUCUGGCAAUAUGGAGAAUGGGUGGAUGUAGUGAUAGAUGACCGGCUGCCAACCAUAAAUGGAAGAUUCCUGUUUGUACACCCCCGAACUUCAAAUGAAUUCUGGCCAUCCUUGCUGGAAAAAGCAUAUGCCAAGUUGCGUGGCUCCUACCAGAACCUGAAUGGAGGCUACCUGUCAGACGCUUUAGUAGACCUGACAGGUGGAGUCCAGGUGCAGUUUUCUCUGAGGGACCCACCUCCUGACCUGGAGGAGAUCCUGAAGGCAGCUGACAGGUCUGGGUGCCUCAUGGGGUGCAGCACCCCGGGCCAGGCAAGGAGGAACAUAGAGCUGAGGAAUGGGAUUGUUCAGGGUCAUGCCUACACCAUCACAGGGGCUGUGAAGAUCCCCUACAGGAAUGGCUGGAAACAUAUCAUCAGGAUCUGGAACCCAUGGGGCCAUGGGGAGUGGAAGGGGCCCUGGAGUGAUAACUCUCGUCAAUGGGACCGUGUUGAGCCUAAAUACAGAGAUGCUCUCCUCAGAAAUAAGGAUGAUGGAGAAUUCUGGAUGUCCUGUGAGAACUUCCAGAAGCAGUUUUCCUGGCUGUACAUAUGUAACAGCACCCCAGCCUUCCUGGACUUUGGAGAUGAGCACUGCUCUGCAUGGUCCCUGACCAGCUACACCAACCUGUGGAGCCCAGACCUUCCCAGGAGGAGGAGCCACUCUUCCUCAGGAAUGCUUCCUGUUAACCAAAGCCUUGCCCAAGAAGCAGCUGUUUCCCCCUGGUGCUCGGCAUUCUGUCUGUCCAUCACAAACAUUAGCAGGAGGGGAAGAAGAGCAGGUGCAGCUUCAACAAACCCUCAGUAUUUUUUCAAAGUGCUGGAUCACGACCCAAAUACCUAUAAUGUAGCAAUUUCACUCAUGCAAAAACACGCUGAGGAUGAAAGAAACCUGAAGAUUGGCUUUUUCAUCACCAAGGAGAAUUCCAGAGUUCUGAAGCAGAUCUUUUUCCGGACUCGGGAUGUGACCAGCUACCUCACCUUGAGCCCAGGCACCUAUGCUGUGGUUCCUGCUGCUGCAGAGGAGCAAGAAUUCCAGUUCCUCUUACGAAUUUUCAUAAAGAAUCAAGACUACAACGAGACCCCAAACUCCCUGACCAGCCCAGGGCUGCCAAUGGAUGUACCAAGAGAGAACCAGGACAGCUCCUAUAAGGCUCUUUUCCUAAAAUAUGCUAAUCAGGACUCAACUAUUGAUGCCUUGCAGCUGCAGCAACUCCUUAAUGAAGUGAUCUUGAAAGAUGAAAUGACCAGCCUGGGAGGGAGAUUCAGCUUUGAUUCAUGCAGAAGCAUUUUAGCUCUGAUGGAUCUGAACUCGAAUGGGAGGCUCACCCUGCAGGAGUUUGGGAACCUCUGGCGAUGCCUCACAAAGUACAUGGAUAUCUUCAGCAGGGAAGACAGAAACCGUUCUGGAUUUCUGGAUGUUGCUGAACUGAAGAGCGCGAUUCAGGCAGCAGGGCUGGCCAGCGACGCGCGGCUGCUGCGGCUGCUGGCGCUGCGCUACGGCGAUGCGGGCGGCAGGCUGGGCUUCUCCGACUUCGUGUGCUGCAUGCUGCGCCUGGACACCCUGAGCCAUGCAUUUCAAAAUUUAGCAAAGGGCGGAUCACAAAUUUUGAUGACGGCGAUGGAGUGGCUGACUCUUGUCAUGUACACCUAGAGAGAUGCCAGAGGUCAUGGUGGCUUUUCUUCCUCCUCAGCAGAACAGUGCCUAAGGCCAUCCCAUACAAAAACCAUCCAUGGAGUUCUUGGAAAACCAGAGUGAAGGAGUGAAGUCCUUCUGCUUGGUGGUACUCAGAUAUUGGGAUGAAGAGUCCUUUCCAGGCAAACUGGAGGUGCCCUGGAGAGAGAAGAAUUGCUUGGGCAAGCUGGAAGUGUUGACUGUAAUCUCCUCUCAUCUUCCUGUAAAUAGUACAGAAGUUAGGACCAGCUCCUUUAACUCCACUGUGAAAAAUAACAGACCCAUGCCUUUCAUGUGAAAAGAGUGUAUAAGAUGUAUGUUACAAAAACAAGACACGGUUUUAUUUGAAUUAUUUCUUAAUUUUCUUGUGUGCCAUUUAUAAGUGCCAGAAAAUGACUGAAGAAAUUAGAAAUAAUUAAUAAAUAACACCAGAAACUUUUUGAUUUUCUUUAUACUUUUUGUUAAUAAAUUAAU